CAUCUAAAAUUGUUUAUUUUCCUAUUGAUUGGUAAACUGUUCCAUUUAGUGUUAUAUGUGUUUUUAAUAAACAUGCUUGUUAUAAAUCUAUAUUUCAUGUGGGAAAAAGUAACUGUUUAUCAAUAAGAAGAUUUUAUACAAUGUAUCUUCAAUCUUCAGAUUCGAACUCGAAACUAUAUGUUUUCGAUGGCAAACCAACAUUUUAUGUGUAGUGACGAGUUACCUCCCUUAUAGAUACAUCCAGGCAAGUGGGAGGUUCCACGAUGUGUCUGAAGCCGAAUGUUAUCUUGUAUGUAUAUAUACAGUGAUGUAGCAUGCUUUCAUUGAAAAGUGUACCCUGGAGUGAUGCUAUAGUACAAAGUCUAGGUGAAACUGCUUCUGAACAAGUAGCCGUGUUCCUAAUACAAACCUCAGUUGGAAGCACCCUAUGGAACUGAGAUGAAUAACUGGCGCUAGGGUCUAAACUACUGUUGGGAGCCUGAAAGAAAGCUGAUGAUACAUCUCUGUGUAAAUAUAGCUUUCAUUCUGCCAGAAGUCCUUGAUAGUCUUUCCAGUGCUAGUCCUAAAGGAUGCACCAAGCUGUGCUGGAACUAAACCCCUGCACCAAUGACUCUUCAGGAACUGCCCACUGAUCUGUUGGAAACUCCAUCUGACACCAGUCUCCGCUAUCCUGUUAAUCAAGGAAGCUGAUGGUACGCCUCUGUGUAAAAAACACCUUUUGAAGUUUUCAUCACUUAUUCAGGAAUCCGUGAUGGCACAUCCAUUUCUAGAACUUAAGGAUCCACCAAGCUUUGCCAGAGCUAAACCUUCUCCACCAUUAAAUCUCCAGGAACUGCCCACGGAGCUGUUGGAGUCCAUCUUCCUCUAUCUGACGCCCGAGACUCUACUGUCCUGUUCCAGAGCAGCUUCACGAUUCACCCAAGUCAUCGAUUCAGGAGGCUUCUUCGACUUGUAUUGCAAGACCACACUCCAAGCACCAUGGGUUACACCAGACAUGGUCCUGCGAACAAAGGGGGUGUUCCACAAGGUUCUUCAAAUGUGGUAUUUACAGAACAUCACUCUUUGUCACCCGAAUGUGAUUUUCAAGAACUGUAACACACUUCUUUCCAUUGGUCUCCUCAAAUAUGCCAUAAAAAUGUGGCUCGUUUCUAAUAUGUCAAUCUCGUAUAAAAUCUCAAUUGAAGAUGAAAACAAAUCAGACGUUCGGAUAUUUGAGAUAUAUGACAAGGACGCUAAGUCGUUAUUUAUUAAGUUAGCGGUGCUCUUUCCAAAGUUCAUUGAAAUGACAUUGUUCAACGUCAGAACUGCAUCAUUUGGUGUAGGAAAUCCCUACAUUUUACCUUUCAUAAUGUUCAAAAAUGAUGUCCUUGAACGGAGUUAUCUUGAUAACUUUAGUUGUAAAUAUCACUUUGAAAUUAUAUGUAGAUAUCCAACAGAAGAUUGCGACUGGCACCGCCCUGCUGUAGUCAUCCUUGUGGGGAAGGAUUCCUGGAUAGGCUGGUGUGGUAGUGUUGAAAAGUUCGGAUUUCGAUUUACGGGUACUUGGGGAAGAUGCAAAUUAGCACUGAAUGCACCAAUCACAGACACCCAAAAAGCUUUCAGGGACACUUUUACACGUUUCGUUGAAAUCCCUGAGAAUGUUGGCCUGAGUCAUUACUUGUACGACUGCUUCAAUGUCAAAGUCACACAUACUCUGAAGGCAUUGCUUGGAUCUGCGGUGGUGGGUGUACCACUGUGGGAGAAACACAGCUCCCUGAUGGAGGACCUUGCACGGAAGAUUGAAAGGAAGCUUGAGAGAUUAAAACUUCCUAAAGAUAGAAUGAAGUUACUACAACACUACCUGGAUGACUGUUUGCGACAGAGGAGUAUCUCUGGACAAAGCGUAGAAAGAAAACCAUCAAAGACUUGCUACGUGGCUAUAUUACGUUACCUUCACAGGAUCCUGAAUAACGUGUUUUAUCCCGAGUGUAUGUGCUAUUUAGGCAACGUUCAGUGUUGUAGAUACUUGGCUCUGACGAGGAUGGGAGACAAGCUGCUGUAUAACAUCAGAAUGACACAUGCAGAUAUAGCACGCGAUGUUAUUAAGAGUUACUGUGAUAACUUUUCUGUCCACCACCUUCCGCCAAAGUUGUGGCCCACCCAUCUUCUCCGUCAUGCUAUAACAGCCGCACCUGUAUGUGCCAAGGUGGCGCAGCUUGACGUCAUGUUGUGGACGAAGGGGCUUCACUGCAUGCCCGUGACAGACAAGACAAUACGCUUUAUCACCGCGCAAGUGGAGACAUGUGGUCUGAUGACUCAAAGCCGUAGUCAGUUGUUGAGUCUUAAACAAUGUCCUCCUCUGGGUGGCCUGAUCAGAUGCUGUCACCAUCUCGACGAUACCGUAUAUCGCCGUCUAUAAUAGGUUUUGGUACCUUGAAUGGGGUGGAUACUGGACAUUAAAUGGAUGAAUGAAAAUGUACUACCUACAAUAAAUAUAUUUAGUGUAGGGAUUGUGUUUAGGUGUCUGAGAAAAUAAAAUAAUUGAUCCUACCUUAGUUCUGUGGUCAUGUCAUGUACAUGAUUAUAUAGAUGAUUUUAAAAAAUAUUAUUUCCAGUAGAAAACAUCUUUACAGUGUACCCUUGAAGAUCCGGGACUUGAUGCAUGUCAUUGUAUCCCAACUGCGUGGAUCGAUUGUUCGUGAUGUUAAUCACUGGAUUGACUGCCUUAAACUCGAUUAUUUACAGACCGCCAUGAUAGAGCUGGAAUGUUGCUGAGUGCGGCGUAAAAAAACAACAGACCCAAACUAUAUGCCGAUUAAGAUUAGUCAACGUUUGUCAGGGGCACGUGUCAAAAGCGUGAGUUCUGAACACUGAAACACGGUGACAAGGCGUGUCAGCUCAAUUGGCGCAUGUCGUAGAUGUUGCUCAGGGACAAUAUACUACUCAAAAGAAGUAAAAUAACAACCAGAAUUGGAAGGAUACUCAACACACACAACACAGCCAUGACAGAUUAACUUCAGUCAUUUCAAAACAUGUCGUGUUCUUUAACUUCUUUUGGGAAUUAUGUUUUCAUCUUCCCGAGGCAAGGGCGUCAACUGACUAAGAGUCCGUGGAAACUGGACUUUUAUUGUCAGUUAACCCCCUUGCCUCGGAAACGUGUAGUUUUAGCCAUUGACUACUUACUGACCUGUUAUUAUUGACAUUGGGUAUUGAUAUUUUUCGUCGGGUAUUCAAUACUGUUUUACACAAUUAGUAGACAAUUGUUAAAUUAAUUCUGCUUAAAAUGCUGUUUCGGGUGAUUUCAAAUUUGAAUCUAUUCGUGUGCAGCCCGAAGUGUGUAACGUGUUGCAUGAACUCACAACAGUGAUAUUAUGUCCAAUUAUAAUAAGUGAGACGUUGAAAUUGUUUAUGCAUUAUUCACUGCAGCAGAGUCCGUGUAUGUCUGACGCCUGCACUCGAUCAUUAGAUGAACAUAUGUGAAGAAAUACGUGUACAUGUACGCAAGGUGAAAAGGAUGGAUUGUGGAAUUACGCCGUGUUC